CUAUUUUAAGGCGCACGCUGUGCUGAUCGCCUCGCUGUGAGCCCUCUGCUCUUCAGGGACGACUUCGUCCUUCUCCUCCCCUCUGGGGCACCGCCAGCAUGGGUCCCAGGCCCCAGUCGCUGCUCGCCGCCCUCCUACUGCUCCUCGCCGUCGCUGGCCCCGCGUACUGCGACACACCUGCCAACUGCACCUACCCUGACCUGCUGGGCACCUGGGUCUUCCAGGUGGGCCCCGUUGGUUCUCAGAGCGAAGUCAACUGCUCGGUUAUGGGACCACCAGAAAAAAAGGUAGUGGUGCACCUUAAGAAGUUGGAUACAGCAUAUGAUGAUUUUGGCAAUGCCGGCCAUUUUACCAUCAUUUACAAUCAAGGCUUUGAGAUUGUGUUGAAUGACUACAAGUGGUUUGCCUUUUUUAAGGAUGUCACUGAUUUUAUCAGUCAGUUGUUCAUGCAGCUGGGAACUGUGAGGGUACAUGAUUUGAGACAUCUGAGGAACAAACUGGUUAUUAAAUAGAGCAUCUGUUGAGGGGCUCUUUUAAAACAACAACCAAAAAGCAGACUUUGGGGCUAAGAGGCAGAGCAGCAUGCAGCCGUGGACCUUCUUACCUCUAACAGCUAGCCGAGGCCUCUAGCAACUACAUUCCCCUUCUGGAGUCUUUCUGUGCAUGUAAAAUGCUGAGGAGUCCUGGUGACCUACCUCCAAGGCAGCUGCCCUCCUGAACCAUUUCCCUGGAAAGCAGCAACCGCCAUUUUGAAAUGUGAACAACCAGACUACACAGGAAAAAGAAAGACAUCUGGAAGUCUUAGGUGGCUUCACCAUUCAACCUUUGAAUGAAAGGAACUAUAUGAAACUCGAGUUUUUCCCUUUUGAAUAUUCUUCUAUUGAAAUGAUUUUUCCAAACUCAUUAGGAUUUGAAUUUUGUGUUGUAUUUUGUUCAUAGUGCAAAUUUUAUUCCCAGUUAAAUUAUCUUCUUGUGUGCCUUUCUUUCUUUAAUUAUCUUGAUGAACCACAGGACCCAUUGUAAGGAGAAAUUAAUGCUUCAGGAUAUCUUGAGAUGCACAGAUGUAAAGGGUAGAAAGAUCAUUCUACAGAAGACAUGUUUGGGGGACAGGUUUCUGAGAUAAGUCAAACCACUGAAGGGUAUCCUUGUAGAUCAUAGGCCUGUAUACCCUAGCCAGAAAGAUGGGGUCAUUAAUACAUUUUUUUGUCUGUUUUUUUGAUUAGGUCCCAGUUUUGUACUAAGAACUUGACAUAUAUUGCCUUACAAGAUGUUAUGAAGUAGAUAUUACUAGCUUCAUUUUACAGAUAGGGAAAAUUAGUCUCUUACUGUGCAUCCAAUUGUAAAAUGACAAGGGCUAGCCUUUCAAGCCUAAGGACCUCCCUGGGGCUAAAGGAUAAAAGAAAUAAUGGUACUUAAGUGACAGACAUUUCAGUGGAUUUUUUUUCUGGAGACUCCCAAUUCAUAAGCAUCAUGAAUGUUUAAUGGGAUGAAAUACGCAUUGCAUUGGCUUCUUUUGAAAUGGUUUACAGCUUAUGUUUCCUUACCAAAUUAGGCUAUUCUCUUUCUUUCCUAAACCAGGGUCCUUUCAUUCAAGAUGAAAACUUACCUUCUCUCCUUUUGUGUUCUUAGAAAGGAAGGUUCUGAAAAACAUCACAUUAAGUAACAUUGCCUAGUUGACUUCUCUUAAUUACACUGUUGUUCUUAUUGAUUGCUAUCUUUUAGCUCUUUCCUGCUAAACAGUGGACUAGUUUCCUGCUCAGUUGUUCAGAAUUGAUGAAUAUCAGCCUCAGUAAGUUGAAAAUUUGGAACCAUACCUAGUCCCUAUUUUCUGGAGGGCUUUUCUCUUGUAUCUGUGCUUGAAUGGAAGAAUCUCUAGAUACCAGAUUUUUAUCAUUUUAUUGGUUCAGAGAACUUUUUAUGACCUCUGAGUGGCCACUGGUCUGCUAUUCUGGAAAGGUUAUGUCUUAGAAAGGUGAAGUAACUGUAUACCCGACUACUUCUACCUGGAUACUUUUUUCCAUCCUACCUCUGGACCUGAUAAUUCAUUACCCGGGGCCUUGAUGCCACCUCUGUGAGACCUUCCCUAGCUCUCUCCAUUGGUGGGAGAACUGCCAUUGUUUUGGUUCACAUCGUGCUUGCAGUUACCUCUGCUCAGGUAAUUCUGCAUUAACUGCUGUAAUGGAGUGAUUUGAUAGUGUGUCUUCUUCCAGACUGAAAAGCUGUAUGUCAACCUGUGUAUCUUCAGAACCUGAUUACAUAGAACUUUGUAAGUGUUUGGAAAACUGACCACACUUCUCUUGUCUUUUCAAAGACUUUUCACAAGUAAUAUUAGCUUACAUAGAUGUAUUUCUUUUGUAUUCUAGGAGCACAAUCAGAAAUGAUGCUAUGUUUAUAUUUCUGGUUCUGUGCCCUAAAAAUACAAAUCAGGUUACCUGUCUCCAGGGUUCUAAAAGAGUUGCAUUUUUCAAACUAAUUUUCAGGAUGUAAAGUGACAAAGCAGCUAAUGUGUAUAAGAAUGUAUUUAAUAUGGAAUUUAAAACCACCUCUACGAAAGUUGUUUUUUAUUGUUUUUUUUUUCCUAUUUCUCUGAGAAACUUUGCAUCUAAAUGUUUUGCUAAUGGAAAAGAAGACUUGGUAGGUACAAAAUUACAGAUACUUGUGUUAGCAGGUGUCCUAAAAUAAUACCGCUUUGCAUUUUCUGUCACAAUUGUUUGUCUUCUCUGAUCUUUAAACUCUGAGGGCAGGGAUCAACUCUGUACUACUAAGCAUUUUAUUCCCUUUGUAUAAUGUGAUGCAUGAUAAAUAAUAGGCCUUCAAUAAAUGUAGAAGAAAGAAAAUUGAAUAAUAUAUCAUUGUAUUGUCUUGUUUUAUUGACAUGUUUCUGGGUAUAUUGUUACCUUUAUGUACUUAAGAGUCUGUAGUGGACCCUCAGGCCAUAUAUGUUGAAUUGGCAUGGUAGAAAACAGUGGAGGAUUUUAGAUUUUAUUCUGUUCAUUUAUUUACGUUUUAAUUUUUGUAUGAGACUAGAAAAACCGAGAUAGGGCUCAAAGUUAAAAACAGUAAAGUUGUAACUUUGAGAAUUACUAAAAACUAAGUUAGCUGUCAGGGUAGAUAGCUUUAUGAUGGCAGAUUCCGCACAGCCUGGAGUGCUGUGUGCUGUCCUGUUCCUUCCCCCAUUUCGGUACAUGGAGAGACACCAGCCAAAGGUUAGAUUAGGUGAACUCUCAGAUUUGUUCAAAUCUCCCAGUUUAAAAAUUUAUGAGUGAGGAAGUGAGGAAUGAGCCAAGAGAUUUUGACAACUGUAUUGAAUGAUAAAUUGCUAUUUUAACUAAUUCUAGAACCUAUAUUUUGGUUUAACCUGAAUGUGUUUUAAGCACUGGAAAUAAAUGAACUCACUUCCACAUGCAAAUCUGUCUUUACCUCAGUAAAAUCCUGGAAGGUAUUUGGUUACAACCACUAAUGAUUUCUUGGCAGUUUCAAAAUUCAUUGAAAUUCAACUUUUUAAACAAAUGGUUAAAUCUUAGGUAGAAAGCUAGAGCUAAUCCUUGAAGCCGGCAGAGGGGAGUUUGUUUUUUUUUCUGAGGAAAUAUGUGGUACUCUUGGGUAGGUCUGGGAAAAUAACAACUUAGUAAAAAUGUGCCUUGUUCUCUUUUGUUGAUGAUUUUUACACUCCAGACCUGACAGCAAAUGAAAGCAGUUAAUCUAUAUACAGGAAACAGGGCAGAACUCAAGUAAACAUGUUUUGUUAUUUAGUAUUGCUGGAAAUGUACUAUCUCUGCAUAUAUGCUUUACCAUUAAAUCAUUGAGCUUCAUGCCAGGUGUCUUUUCCUGAAAUGUUGAAUGAUCUUGAUGGAUAAGACCUGGUUCUCCAAAUUUUUUGUCAUGUAUUCCACAGUGUGUAAAGGUACAUUUAAAACAUUAUAUCCGUGUACUGCCGUACUGAUGUUUGCUAUCAAACACAUGAGGUAAUAUUAAAUGAUUAAAUAUUUGUCACAAAAAUGGGUUUUGCCAAAAUAUAUUCCAUGAUGAUAUUCUUUGAAAAUAAUACAAAAAGCAUGCUUCAUUAUCAUAAGAAUCUGUUACCUAUAAUUUUCACUACUGAAAGUUUUCCACAUUUGGAAGCACAAUUUUCUAAUUAAAAUCUUUAAAAGAUGUUAGUAGUUUUUGAUCCAUUUUAUUAAAAGUAUGAAAGUAUCACAGGUUUAGUAAAGUCUGGAAGUGCUGUUGGGUAUUAGGGGUGGUGACAGUUUAAUGGACUAUUUUUUUUAAAUUGGGGUAGAGCUAACACAGUGUUCUGAUAGUGUCCGAUUCGACAGCUCUCUGUUACGCCAUGCUCACCACAAGUGUAGCUAGACAGAUUUUAAGUGAGACGUGUUUUAUUGGUAACUAAGAUUAAAAACUGAACACUGCUGUGAUGGAACCAUUGGAAAACAUCUGAUUUCAGAAACUUGUAUUUGCCCGACAACUUCUACCAGGAACAGGGCAAAGGUAAGCUUUGUCAGUUUUCUUAUGUCUGCUUAUAUUAGUAUUUGCAAAUUCGGGUUUCUCUGCAAGUAUUUUAAGCCACUUUGUGAAAAUUAGCUUCAUUAAAUCAGCUAGGUACAGAAAUCAGUGUAAGCAGGCCCAUGUAAAAAGGACAUCCUGUGUCUUAACCAUCACAUGUGUAGCACACUGUGCCUGGCAGGUGAACUUCUGACCUUGACACUGAGCGGUGGCAUCAGUUGCUUUGUAAAUUAAAGAACAGUGGAAGUUGUUUCUCAAUUUUAUUUGUAUAUAAUUACAAAUGUAAAAAAAAAUGUUUUUCCCAAUAUUCUAGUGGAUCAUCUUUCAUCUCAUUUUGGAAACCACUGGUUGACAACCAGUAUCAACUGUUCAGCUGACAGAUUGGGCUUAGUGUUUUAAGUUCUUUGAUGGCAUAGUUACAGUCAUAAAACAACUUCUGUAUCCCCCGCGGUAACAGAUAAUCAUACUUCUACUGUUUCUUGUUUCAUGUUCCUAACUUUUUAAACUCAUCAAAGUUACAAUGUCAUCUUUAUCCUUCAAAGGUGUCCAGUGUUGUAGGUAUCAUUCCCACUAUCGGGUGAAGAAAUUGGGGCUCCUUAGUUGUGGUUUGCUGAAGGUUACAUAAAUUAUAAGUGGCAGAACAGGAUUUAAAGGGCAAAGCCCUUUUACAAGACUGCCUAUUUCUGAUAGCCAGUGCAUUACAUAAAAGUUAAGUAUUCAAAUAUUUGCCAAGUAUAUUAAUCAGGGAAACCAUGGAACAAAGUGAUUUUAAACUUAAGUUCUAAAAUAUCCCAACCUGUUCUUUUUCAAUUGGUUAAAUAGGUAACAGUAAUGAUAGUUGAUGAAAUGAGUGGGAACUUGAAGAGGGGUUUGAGAAUGUUUGGCGACCCUGGGUAAUUUUGAAGAAGCAAAUGGAUAGCUAGUAAAUCCUAGUAGUUUUCUAAACCUAAAUGCUAGUGUGUGGAAUUUACAUUUUAUGAAAUUAUGUGUUGAAAUUGGCAAGAAUGAAUGGAAACUUAAGUUACACCAUCUGUGCAAGACGGUAUUCGGACACUGAUGUUUAUAUAAAUGAAAUAAAUGAAAACCCUUAAAAAUACUUUGGCUAUAUUUCAAGCUGGAUAGUGUGGCCAAAACUUCAGCUUCUUAAUUGGUAAUAAUGUCAGAAUCACAUAAGAACUAUUUCACAAUAGCAAAAAUGACCGAUACCGUGAGAACGUUCAAAUCAAGAAAAUAACAUGAACAGCAUGUGGUCCUUUCAAGGUGUAAGGUAAUGACUAGUCGGCUUCUAGAGUGCUCAAUGCUUCUUCUACUGAAUCCUGCACAGAUUACAGGGUAUUACAACCCUGUCCUACCUUUUAUAAGGUAAUUUCAGGGUCUCUGUGAUAUCUUAGAAGCACUGCACUUCGAUUAAUUACAAACUUCGUAUCUUUUCUGAGUUUCUUGUGUUAUUGCUAAAGAGGACUUGGCAUUUGUUGUUCUUUCUCUUAUUCAUUUAUUCACUCAUUCCAUAACUAAUUGCUUCCUAAUGCCAGUUUCCUACUUCCUGAAUAAACAAUCCUAUUCUCACAGUGCCUUUUUUUUUUUUUUUUUUUUUU